AGCACAGACACUACCAUCACUCUGUCACUUAAUCCAAAUACAAAAGCUAUCCUCACACCCCAUAAAAUCACAAUGACAACAAAAACAACUUCUCUCCUCCUCCUUCAUGUAAUUCUCCUCGCCACGGCGGAAGCCGCCGCCGCCGGCGGCCACUGGAAGGUCCUCCAGCAAAGCAUCGGCAUUGUGGCCAUGCACAUGCAGCUCCUCCACACCGACACGGUGGUGAUCUUCGACCGCACCGACUUCGGCCUCUCCAACCUCUCCCUCCCUGACGGCCUCUGCCGCCACGACGCCGCCGAGAUGGCCGUGAAAACCGACUGCACCGCCCACUCCCUCGAAUACGACGUCUCCUCCAACACCUUCCGCCCCCUCUUCCUCCAGACCAAUGUCUGGUGCUCCUCCGCCUCCGUUGCCUCCGACGGAACCCUAAUCCAAACCGGCGGCUUCAACGACGGCGAGAAGAAAGUCCGUACCUUCUCUCCCUGCCCCACCACCGCCGCCACCUGCGACUGGCUCGAACUCCCCUCCGACACCCUCUCCGCCCGCCGCUGGUACUCCACCAACCACCUCCUCCCCGACGGCCGCCAAAUCAUCAUCGGCGGCCGAAGACAAUUCAACUACGAAUUCUUCCCCAAAACCCACACCAGAGCCAAAAACGCUUACUCUCUCCCCUUCCUCGUUCAAACCAACGACCCUCACGAAGAAAACAACUUAUAUCCCUUCGUUUUCCUCAACGUGGACUCCACCCUCUUCAUCUUCGCCAACAACAGAGCCAUUCUCUUCGACUUCACCAAAAACGCCGUCGUUCGAACCUUCCCUACCGUUCCACAUGGCGACCCCAGGUGCUACCCCAGCACCGGUUCAGCUGUUCUCUUACCCUUACGUAAUCCAUAUUCUGAAGCUGAGGUUUUAGUUUGUGGCGGAGCCCCGAGAGGGUCUUAUAACGAAGCCAAAAAGGGUAACUUUCUCGGAGCCUUGAAUACCUGUGCCCGGAUCAAAAUAACCGACCCGGAUCCUAAAUGGGUCAUCGAGACUAUGCCAAAGGCGAGAGUCAUGGGUGACAUGAUUCUCCUCCCGAACGGCAACGUUUUGAUUAUUAACGGUGCCGGUUCGGGGAGUGCUGGCUGGGAAUUCGCGCGCGAUCCGGUUUUAAAUCCGGUUGUUUAUAACCCGGAUAAAUCGACCGGGUCGCGCUUCGAAAUCCUAGUUGAGUCGAACACUCCCCGAAUGUAUCACUCCACUGCCAUCUUGCUUCGUGAUGGGAGGGUGCUUGUGGCUGGGAGCAACCCUCACAUUGGUUAUAAUUUCAGCAACGUGAUGUUUCCAACGGAGCUUAGUGUGGAGGCGUUUUAUCCUCCAUAUUUGGAAAGUGGGUACGAUGAUGUGCGUCCGAGGAUUGUGUUUCCUGAGAGUGAAGCCCGAACGAAAGUUACGUAUGGUGAGAAGGUGAAGGUUCGGGUCCAAGUGGCGGGUGGGUCGUUGGUUCGGAGUUUGGUGCGGGUGACGGUUUCGGCGCCGCCAUUUAACACGCACUCGUUCUCGAUGAAUCAGAGGAUGCUGGUGUUGGAACCUAUCAACGUGACAAAUAUUGUGGGAGGACCAACACCAACGUAUGAGAUUGAGGUUACCACACCGGGUUCACCCGUUCUUGCACCACCCGGUUAUUAUCUACUCUUUGUGGUCCACCAAGAAAUUCCAAGCCAAGGAAUUUGGAUCCAGAUACUUUAAUCUUUUAUCUGAUAUUACAGCUCCUAAUAAGUAAAAUGUAAAAAAAAAGAAAAAGAAGAAGAAACAGUGUAUACACAUAUAUAACUUGUGCUUAAUCAAUGAUAUGAAAUUCAAUUAUGGAUAUUUAUAUA